CGACGCCAUUCGAGUUCAGUGUAGAGAAAAAUUUUGCUGCUUUCAUAAGUGUGAAUUGUGCCGGUCGUAUUUCUUGCUGCUUAAUAGAAUUUUAAUUUGGAAAAAAACUACAAAAUGAGUCGCGUUUUAAUUGGAAACUUGCCACCAGGUACAACUAUCAGAAAUAUUGAUGAUUUUUGCAGUCCCUUUGGCCGUCUUCUAUACGUCGAUGUGAAGAACCAAGGCAACUUCACCAUGGCGUGUGUAGAGUACGAGAAUACAAGAAAUGCACUAAAUCUUAUACGGGCAAGAAACGGUUAUAACUAUAAUGGUUAUACAGUACAACUGAAACCAAUGUCGGACGAUUAUUCGGGUCCCUUUGAGGUUAGGAACAACAGUUCAAGGCAAACAAACCUACCACCAUCAGCACCAUCAUGGUCCAACAAUGUGUCAUCAUCCAACUUUGACAAUAACCGCGGAAAUAAUUACAACAGCAAUAGUAAUAUUAGUAGCGGUGGUUCAGGCGGUCCUUUGGACAAUUUAGAUUUCACCCAAGCUUGUCGCAUUGUUUAUCAACGCUUCAUCAGCGAGGGUUUCAAUCCGCAAGUAGCCAGAGAAAAGGCUCUUGAUUUCGUUACCAAUAUGCAAAGUCGAAAUAAUCAAGGCUUCAACAGUAACUGCGAUUAUUUCAACCAAAAUCAAGUUGGUGGUCCAUCAUCCAGCAAUAACUUGAAUAAUUUUGGUGGUCCAAAUAAUUUCAAUGACAAUUUCAAUGGUAAUGGAAAUCAGAAUUGGAAUGGUGGCAAUCAAAAUUGGGGUAACAAUCAAAAUUGGAACUCCAAUCAAGAUUCAUACCAAAACUCCAAUUGGGGUAACUUCAAUAGUAAUAAUGGCCCCUCGUCUUGGAACAACAACGGUGUAAACAAUGGUGGUGGUGGUGGAGGCAUGCCCUUCCCAAUGCAGGGCAACAACUUCAAUAAUGGUGGAUGGAACAAUGGAGGAAAUAAUUUUAUUCCCAACCCGGGAAUGCCCGGCGGCAAUAUGGGUCCACAAACAAAACCAGUGCGCAAUGUUGUCGAUCGUGAUACCUACAUGAAAUCCGUCAUUAUUCGCAAGAAAAUUGAGGCGAAAAUAACCCGUGGCAUCAGUACACCACGUGAUUUGAAAAAUCUGCAAUUCCACACUCAAAUCAUACAGGACUAUGAAAGCAAUUUACGCUUCCAAAGAAAGUUGGGCAAAAAAUGGGCCAUCGAAGAGUUGCAGAAGAUGCAACGUUAUAAAUCCGCCUCGGGCUUGGUACAGAAAUUAAGUCUUAUCCCUCAGGCAAAGUUGACGGUGAGUGAGAAGAAUUCUCUUGCCAAAAAUAAGGCCAUUAUUGAUGAAUAUGAAAAGACCCUCAAGGAGGGAGCAGCUAGGGCCUCGGCCGGUCCUGUUAAAAAAGUCACAGGUGCUGCCUUGGCCGCUUUUGAGCGUAAAAAGACACAACUCAUAAAGGAAGCAAAAAAGAACUAUCCAUUUGAUUUUAGACUAUCCGGAGCGGCCAAGAGAAAGAUGCGUUCCUUGUUGGAUGCCGGUAUUGAAAUGUCGGAAGCCAAACUCCUGGCUCUACACUCUAGCUUGGUGGUCAAGGAAUUGAUCGAUUUGAAAACUGCCAUCAAAAAGAUUACAGGUGGUGUCGACAAAUCUAAGCAGCUUGUUCCCUAUACAGGAAAACCAGGUGUUGGUGGUAAGCCCAAGCCUGGUGCAGCUGGAAAAGCCACAACUAACAAGCCAGGAGCGGCUAAAAAAGCAGCAGCGACUACAAAGCCCGCAGCUGCAGCAACCAAACUAGAUCCUGCACUCGCCAAAAUGACCAAGAAAGAAAGGGAUGGCAUGCGAUCCGCAAAUAGACUCAUUUUCAGAUACGAAUCCAAUAACACCGAUGUUGAAUCUCUGACCGACAGGGAUAUUGUUUUGCUGCGCAUGUCAUUGAAGCGUUUGCAAACCUUCAACGAAAAAUAUGGAACAGCAUUGCGUAAGACUAAAUUUGAUGUUCUUCUGUCAGAGAAAUAUGACAAAGUAGGAAUUAAGAAGGAUGGUGAAGCGGCAGAAGAAAAUAAAGAUGAAAAUGCCAAAGAAGGCGAUGACGAUAAUGCCGAAGGUGGCGAGGAGGCUGGUGAUGACCAGUGUGAAGGUGAAGACGGCGAUGCGGAUGCCGGAGAUCAAACUAUGGAAGAGCAGUAAAUUCAUCUCUCGUUUAAGUAGCUAAUUUUAAGCAAUAGUUUUUAAAGACAUAAUUUAAAGAAGAAAAAAAAUGUAAGCGUAUCAGCAGCAUCUACAACAUUGAAGGAAACUCCUGAAAAAAGUAAGCCAAGUAAAUUUCGUAAAUCAUUUUAGAGAUGUAUUGCAAUUUUUUUAAGAUUGAAAUGACGUACGACGAUUUAAAAAUAUUUAUUAUUAUAGACACUUGGCAUUCCCUUGGGAUACAACACAUAUGCAUCUCAUCUUGUAAUAGGUACAUAUUGUAUGUACGACGCAUCUAAUCUAAUAAAUCAAUAUGUAUUAGUAUAUUGGUAAAUACAACAACUUA